AUGGACGGCCCGAGCGUGGGCCCAAAGGCGGCCAGGAACGCGGUGCUCUUCUACUCGCCCCUGCGCCCGGCGUCAAGCGAGCACCUGCUCACUGCGGCGUCCGGGUUCCCGUCCUGUCCCAAGCGCUCGCGGUCAAGUAGCAGCAGCAACACGAGCAGUGGUAGUAGUUUCUUGUCCCUACCCCCACCAGUAGCCCUACCCGCUUCAUCGCACUCGGGACCCUUGUCUGUACCACUUUGUAUUGACCCGUUAUUGUCAGCGGAUUGUCACGCCAAUUAUUGGGGAGGUGUGUUCUACCCUCGCCAUACUAUUAACAGCGGGGUGCUGCGGGGUGCCUCCAGUACCUUAGCAGCUCAAGCUACAGCACUUUGUGCCAGUGGAAGCACUACUAGUACUUGUAGUACUAGUAGUUCUACUGCCAAUCCAAUGGGGAUGCAGGGCCAUUGCACUGGUACGGGAGCAGACUCUGGAUCGAUGCAGGGAGGAGGAGGAGUGGCCAUGUUUGUGGACUCGUUCCUGCCUGAGGACGACCCGACGCUCUAUUCGCUCUGGACCGGACCUGGCAAUAGUGACUCCGUGCUGGGGUACGAGACGGAGAGUACCCCUCACCACCACCACCACCAAGAACCAGGGCCGAACCACGCGCCGGAGGCUCCGUCUUCGUUGUACUUGACGUCAGACGACGAGUUGAAGAUCGAUUACCCGCAUCUGUCGGAGUUCCAUCAGGACUUGGACUCGUACUUGAACGAGACGAUGGAAUCCGGCGGUCCUUCGCCCACGACGCCGCUCGGUACACAUACAAAUUGCAGUAUGAAAAUGGAUCGGCUCGUGACGAUUGACCGGAAAAGUGGCAAUGGUCAUGGUGCCCAGUUGCCAAUGGGUACAAGAGAAUCGCUCCUGGAAAAGUCGCUCGUGUCUGCGACUGCAGCUGAGCAGCUUGUGAAACGAGAUAGAGCUACGACGGGACUGGAGAAUGUGUCGGAACGUUUGAUGAUGAAGUCUCGUGGUGGACGUGUGGAUGCGCCCUGCGCUGCUGUACCAGUCGGGACGAGCUCGACCAUUGAAGCAGCUUCAAGGGAAAUGGUCGCGAGCUCGCACUGGACUUUGCCUCAAAACUCAGCGAUCGAGCCGAAAAAGCGAGUGGAAUUGCAUCACGACGAACGAUCGCCACUGAUUACAGCUCCGGCUGCGACAAGCCAAACGGCAGGUGCCUCGGACGGGACUGUAGCUUCAACAUCGACAGUCACAUCGACAGUCACGUCGACGUCAGCUGUAUCUGGCACAUCUAGCGCAAAGGCUAAAAAGCGUCCACGCAGUCGGCAGUGCGAGUUUCCAGGCUGUCAAAAUCGGGCGCGGUCCCAUCAAAAAUGCAAGAAACAUGGAGGUGCACACCACUGUGUGUUCGAGGGCUGCACGAAGAACAGUCAGAGCCGCGGGUUGUGCAUCGCGCAUGGCGGCGGCUCUCGGUGCAAGAAGGAGGGCUGUAUUCGAGCAGCUCAGUCAAAAGGACUGUGCAAAUCUCAUGGCGGCGGGGAGUAUUGUGCCGUCGAAGGAUGCAACAAGAAGGCUCACUUGAAGCAUCUGUGUCGUACGCACGGCGGCGGUGUGCGCUGUCGAUUUGACAAAUGCUCGAAGUGGGCCCAACGCAAAGGCUGGUGUAUGGCCCACGCCAAAGAGUUUGCGUCGUCGUGA